GGCUGGCCGGGUGUGGUGAAUGACCACCGAGUGACGCGUAACGUGAUUCACAGUUUGCAUCGUGAAGCUGAGAUCCGUUCUAGCCUCCCAGCCCCGUUUCUUCUCGUUCGCUGUUCUCCACUGUAGGUGCAAACGAGAUUGUCGAAGAUGUCUUCUCGCAAAACUGCCGGUCGCCGUGCCACCACGAAGAAGCGCGCUCAGCGCGCGACUUCGAACGUUUUCGCGAUGUUCGACCAGGCGCAAAUCGCCGAGUUCAAAGAAGCUUUUAACAUGAUCGACCAGAAUCACGACGGAUUCAUCGACAAGGAGGAUUUACAUGACAUGCUGGCCUCUCUGGGCAAGAAUCCUACCGACGAGUAUUUAGAGGCGAUGAUGAACGAAGCACCUGGACCUAUCAAUUUCACGAUGUUCCUGACACUGUUUGGAGAGAGACUACAAGGGACUGACCCUGAAGACGUGAUCAAGAAUGCCUUCGGUUGUUUUGACGAGGAAAAUACCGGUCAUAUAAACGAGGAGCGCCUUCGCGAACUGCUUACGACAAUGGGUGAUAGAUUCACGGACGACGAUGUAGACGAAAUGUACCGCGAGGCGCCGAUCAAAGGCUCCAUGUUCGACUAUCUGGAGUUCACUCGAAUCCUGAAGCACGGCGCGAAGGACAAGGACGAGCAGUAGUGAGGAUUCAUCUCUAAGAAAGUUGAUCGCGUAUCCCCCGACACGGAAUUUUAGAUAACAUUCGAAGUUUCUCGCACGCCCCUCGCGCUUUUCGAUCCUAGAUCCAUAGGACAUUAUUGUCAAUAACUGUCUUUUUUUUUAAUGAUAAGAAAAUGUACGUACAACAUGCCGAAUCGCAAGCUACAUCGGGAACUGUAGUUCUCGUUCUCUUGGAAAUUUUUAUCUGCAUUUAUUACUUGUCGAGCUCGAAGCGAAAAUACUAACUGAAUAAUCGAGAAUUGCAUUUGGAGGCGCAAGGUGUGUGCGGGUGUGUGCGCAUCGUGUAGAAAAAUUUUUUCAAAGUAUUCAAGCGUAACAACUUUUCGAAUGAUUGCUGUACAGUCGGUAAAAGUUAAACAUGUAAGAUAUUUAUAUACAUAAAGCAAACAUGUAACUCUGUUGUAGAUUCAGCAUUUAUAUUUUAAUAUAAUAUUCUAUUGCGUAAUAAGAAACUCACGUUGUCUUAUUCUACUAACAUCUAAGAAAUCAUUAUGUAAUAUAAAUUUAACUCUCCCUUUAUCAACAGCAAUAGAUUGGUAUUUAUUGCCUAAUGUGAAUGAAAUAGUAAUACUUUUGAAAUGUCAUAUUUUUCUUAAAUUGUACAUAGAAAUAUACAUAUAUAUGCAGUUAAUAAUUCACGAUUUAAAAGCAUUUUAAAGAAAUUUGUCACCACAAACUCUCUGAUGAUAGUAUGAUUAAGUAAUAUGAAAUAUUUGUAUGCAAAUAAUAAACUUGGAGACCUCUUCUAA